CAAUGGGAAGCGGUAGCCACGUUCGACUUCUGGAGGAAAGAGUAUGCCUUGGCUUGUAGGCCCGACUGAAGAAUCUGAUAUAGGUUAUCAGCUGUUUUGGUGCUUUCUAGAGUACCGGAGUUUUUAUAAUUAAAAGGGGAACCUUCAAGAAUGACCUCAUCAUGGGUCCCAACAUGUGUUUUGCUUUUCUGCCUUUCUAUCGGGAAACCAAUCCCCACAGUUGCAUGGGAUGCAGACCUGGAGCUGUUCGAUCUCGUUGAAGAAAUACCGCAAACAUUCUAUGAAUUCUUGUCUGUGGAUAAGGAUGCUACAUCUGCGGACAUUAGGAAGGCCUAUCGAAGGCUUUCCCUCGUACUGCACCCAGACAAGAACAAAGAUGAAAAUGCAGAAACCCAAUUUAGACAGCUUGUGGCCAUUUAUGAGGUCAUGAAGGAUGAGGAAAGGAGACAGAGCUACGAUGACAUUCUGAUCAAUGGACUUCCUGAUUGGAGACAGCCAGUGUUCUACUACCGUCGCGUGAGGAAGAUGAGCAAUGCAGAACUAGGCUUCCUCCUCUUCCUGAUUUUGACAGUCGGUCACUACGCAGUCAUCUGGUCUAUUUAUCUGGAGAAGCAGCUGGAUGAACUUCUGAGCAAAAAGAAGAAAGAGAAAAAGAAAAGGAUGAGCAACAAGGGCAUGGAGGAAGUGAAGAAUGUUGCCCAGGAGAAGAAUGAGCGACCCUUUGAUAAACCCCAGUGGCACGAUAUCCUGCCACUCAAGGUUAGCAUCUGGCUGUACUUCUCCGUGAAGUCCAUCCCGCAUGUCAUUCAGGAAGUGAAACAAUACUAUGAGGAGUAUAAAGAAAUGAAGAUCAAAGAGCAGGAAGAAGCUGAGGCCUUGGCAGCAGAGGAGGCCCAACAAAAAGAAAAGCGUCCCAAAGUGAAGAAGCCUAAGAUCGAGUUCCCUGUCUAUGAGCCCAGCAUCUCAGAUGUGACCUUUGCAGCACCAUACGAUCAGGGAACGUCCAUUGAAGACAUAGAGGACCAGAUGGAUGACUGGCUGGAGGAAAAGAAAUCUCAGAGAAAGAAAACACCGGAGUGGACAGAGGAGGACGUCAGCCAGCUGAGCCGCUGUAUGGUGAAGUUUCCAGGGGGCACCCCGGGGCGGUGGGAGAAGAUUGCCCACGAGCUGGGCAGAUCCGUGUCAGAGGUGACUGCAAAGGUCAAACAACUUAAAGACAACAUCACCAUCACACCAGGGCUGGUGAAGCUGUCCGAUCUGAAAGUGGCCUCAGGAGUGGGGAAAGUCUCCAAAACAAAGGCAGUAGUGCCCGACAACAUCGCCACGCAGCGCGAGGAACCUCCACCAGUGGAGGAGCAAACAGCAGAGCCUGCGGGCGGCGAGGAGGCCGAGGGGAAGGGCCUGAGGCGGAGGGGAAAGAAGAUCACCGCAGGGGCGGGAGGGGAGAGCGGUGGAGGCGGCGGCGGCGGCGGCACUGGGGAGGACAAGCCCAUCAGGAGCCGCCGCCAAAGGGACUUUGACCCAGAGGCCGUGGACGAGGACAGUGAAGAGGACAGGGGGCCGCAAGCGUCGGCGCAGCAGAAGGAGAAAGCCAGUGCUGCUGCAGAGGACGUGUGGACCCAGAACCAGCAGAAGCUUCUGGAACUGGCCCUGCAGCAGUACCCACGAGGCACCACAGAGCGCUGGGACAGGAUCGCCAAAGUGGUGCCCGGAAAGAGCAAGGAGGAGUGUAUGAUACGUUACAAGUUGCUGGCUGAACUCAUUCUGAAACGGAAGCAAGCGAAGAGCUAACUCUCCUCUGGCAGCCAUCUUGGGUUUUCACUUUACCUCCCACCUGUCUGUCAUGUGCCUUAAGCUUCACACAAAAUGAGAACCCAGUUGUCUAACAUCAAGAGCUCCCAAGGUUCUACUUGUUACGGAAGCCUUAGCAUUGUACUUCAGGAGAAUGUGACAUCUCCUUUGAGAUGCAGUAUAUGCUGAAAAUGAUUUUAUUUAUUUUACUUUGCUUUUCAUCCAUUGUCUUGACCCCUUAUUCCUUCAUACUUUAUCUGUUUUCAGAUAUAAUAACGUGGGAAACUGAUGUGUCACCAUUGUUUUUUUUAUAAAUCUAUGAAAAAAAAAAAAGUAUUUUCAGAGGCA